CUGACAGCGGUGGCUUUAUCUGGACCCAUUGUUUGACGGAGGCUUCAUGAUACCCUCGCAACGCUAAAUCCUAAGACCAAAACAUCGAACAAGCUAUGCUACAUGGGACCGCACUCUCUGUCAUGACGAUCGCUAUAUAAGCCAAGGUUGUGUCCUGAUAAGAGCUUCUCGGGACGCACCAAGCUUUCACUCCAAGGCAACGUCGCUUGGCUCGCAACACCAUUAUGGCUAUCAAGUCCACUAACGAAAUUUCCGGCCAUAGAAAGACAGACUUUGAGAUCACGACAGGCAGUUCGAACACUAGCAGCUCGGAAAAUAUACCUGAGUCAAAUUUGGGUCCAGGAAAGAAUGAACGCACUACGUAUGCCUCGAAUGGACUUGAGAAAGAUCAUUACAGGCCCAUAGAAACAUAUGAGGGUAUCCAUCGCUAUGAUCCAGACUUUGAAUGGGAGCCCAAGGAGGAGAAGAAAGUGGUUAGGAAGAUCGACAAACGUAUCAUGACAUGGGCCUGCCUUAUGUUCUUCUCAUUGCAGCUGGACAGAUCUAAUCUAGCUCAAGCUCUGAGCGAUAAUAUGCUCAGUGAUCUGCGCCUGAACACGAACCAGUACAACUACGGUCAAACGAUCUUUUAUCUUUGCUUCAUGUGUGCUGAGAUGCCAUCCCAGCUCAUCAGCAAGAAGCUAGGACCUGACAAUUGGAUCCCCAUUCAAAUGGUCUUGUGGAGUCUGGUCGCCAGCUGUCAAGCUCUCCUGAGCGGUAGGAACUCCUUUUUUGUAUGCCGCGCACUCCUCGGCCUUAUUGAAGGAGGCUUCAUUCCGGACACGAUCCUGUAUCUCAGCUACUUCUAUACCGGGAGCGAGUUGCCUAAACGCCUGAGUGUCUUCUGGACAGCAUACCAGGCGACGCAGAUCAUUUCUGCUUUCCUCGCUUAUGGUAUUUUACGCAUCACCCACAACGGAUUAGAAGGCUGGCGCUGGAUGUUUGCGAUUGAAGGCACAAUUACUGGAUUGAUUGGAAUCGCAACGUGGUUCUAUCUCCCGGCUUCACCCACACAGACAGCAAGCCCAACAAGAUGGAACCCCUUCCGUGGCACCUACGGCUGGUUCAACGAGCGCGAAGAGAAAAUCAUGGUGAACCGUAUUCUCCGCGAUGAUCCAUCGAAAGGAGACAUGACGAAUCGACAGGGAUUGUCACUCACAAUGCUAUGGGAGUGCGUAAAAGACUACCAUAUGUGGCCUAUCUACAUGCUCGGGCUCACCUGGCUCAUCCCCGUGACCCCAAUGGGCUCCUACCUAACCCUGCAACUGCGCUCCCUCGGCUUCGACACAUUUCAAACAAACCUCCUCACUAUCCCGGCGUACGUACUUUUCAUCAUCCAACUCCUCUUCUGGACAUGGGUAUCGGAAAAAGUCAAUCAACGCUUCCUCGUCAGUCUCGUCUCACAGAUCUGGAAUAUGCCUGUCCUGAUCGCGCUCGCGCUGCUGCCCGCAGCUGCGUCGCCUUGGGCGCGCUGGACGCUCUGCACGCUGCUCGUCGGUUCGCCCUACGCACAUGCUAUCAUCGUCUCCAUCACAAGUCGCAACGCUGGAGCAGUGCGCACGCGCACCAUUGCUUCCGCUAUGUACAAUAUCUGUGUGCAGGCGUCGAGUAUUAUUUCCACGAACGUCUACCGCGAUGAUGAUAAGCCGCUGUAUCGACGCGGAAACAAGGCGCUCAUCGGCAUCUGUGCAUGGAAUAUGGUCAUGUUUGUUGGGGCGAAGAUUUACUAUGUGCAAGUCAACAAGAGGAGGGAUAGUAUCUGGCAGGCGAUGAGCAAGGAGGAGAGGGAGACGUAUCUGGCGACUACAACGGAUUCGGGGAACAAGCGGCUGGACUUUCGGUUUGCGCACUAAGGUGUGGUGGUUGUUGAGAAUGUUCGUACCACCAUGUUUUUUGUACUUUCAUUCAGGCGUAUACCAGCAAUACUUAGAGCAGAAAACAUUUACACAAUUCUGGCUUGUAGUUGUCAAGCUGUUGCACGAUUUCGCUGUAGUGUGGUUCCAUCGUCUCGGUUGAGUGUAAAAACUGAAGGAACGAAUGCUUAAAAUAAGGCAGUUGGGCAUAUACCAGCAGGAAAAACGCUACAAAAGCUCCGCACAAAUCUCGUUUGUAUCUGUCAGGGUGUUGUAAACAUUUGACGCAAUAGAGCUCUAACUUCAACACUCACCCAGAUGCGACAAUGGU